AUGGAUUGUGACGUCAGGGUUUAUAACCCCCAGGGGAGGGAGAGCAAGUCAGGCCCCUCUUGCUCUGGGGUGAAGGUUUGCGAAGACUUUUGGUCACCUCAAUUGCACAUUUAUGUGCCAUCAUUUCCUAAAUGUGUUAUCUCUUUGCUCCUUCAGAUACCUGAUGAUAAGGGGUAUAAGUUGGACCUCUUCUGUGUCCCCAAACACUAUGAGGAGGAUUUAGACCAGGUUAUCAUCCCCCAUGGACUGAUCAUGGACAGGACUGAGCGCCUGGCUCGUGAUAUAGUCCGGGACAUGGGGGGACACCAUAUAGUAGCACUGUGUGUUCUCAAAGGAGGUUAUACAUUCUUUGCCGACCUGCUGGACUACAUCAAGACCCUAAAUCAGAACAGCGAUAAGUCUGUCCCGUUGACUGUGGAUUUCAUUAGGCUAAAGAGCUAUUGCAAUGACCAGUCUACAAACAUUGUCAAAGUUAUCGGAGGGGACGAGCUCUCAACUCUAACUGGGAAGAAUGUUUUGAUAGUUGAGGACAUUGUGGAGACAGGGAGGACUAUGGAGACACUGCUAUCACUGCUGAGUGACUGCAAUCCAAAGAUGGUCAAAGUCGUCAGCCUUCUAGUCAAGAGAACACCAAGGAGCUCAGGCUACAGACCAGAAUACAUCGGGUUUGAGGUGCCAGAUUCGUUUCUGGUGGGAUAUGCCCUGGACUACAACGAGUACUUCAGAGAUCUCAGUCACAUCUGUAUACUGAACGAGAACGCAAAGGAGAAGUACAAAGUGUGAGCUGAGGCGAUAGACAGAUGGAUGACGAGAGACUAGGACCACUGUGAUGAUCCUGAGCUUUUUAGGGUUCUGAACCUUAUUUAUCUAUGUAUGAAACCUACUUAAUGUGAACACAUGGAUUGUGAAUUCAGUUUGCAAGAUGCUAUUU